AUGGAAAUAGACUACCCUAUUCAUGGAGGAGGAGUGCCAAAAAGGAAAAGAACAGGAGGUAAUCGAAACACCCCUCCUGCCUAUUUAGAGGCUAGAACCAGUCCAACUUCCUCUGGAUCCUCGACUGAUGAAAACCAAAAUGAUCUUUCCACAGCUACUAGUUUCAAAUCUGACAAGCUACUUCUUAUGCUCAGAAUGACAGCUACAUAUAUACGCUGCUCUGGCGCGUAUAUUAGUCCAUCUUUUGCCAAGGAACAUGUCUGCAGACCAGGCACUUCAUGCAAUGUGACCCUACAAAUUUCAAAGGAGAAAGUUUGGACUGCUCAAUGCACUAUUGGUGAAAACAGUGAGCACAAACUAUAUGCAAGAGUUUCAGGUGCUGGUUGGAAGGCAUUUAAGGAGGACAAUCAUCUGGAAGUACAUGAUGUCUGUGUGUUUGAGUUUAUUGAGGAGCGUACAUUCAAAGUUUCCAUAAUCCGAGCUAAAGUGAAGAUCAAUAAGCAAGAUGAGGAAAGUGAAGACAAGCUCAUGAUUUAGUUUAAUUAUGCAUUUGAACUGUUUGUGGUUCCACAGCAUAACAUUGAGGACUACAAUCAGCAAAAACACAACAGCCUAA